AUGCAUUCAACCAAAGUGAACCCGUGGUUGGUGCUGCCGCUGCUAGUGGCGCUCAUUAGCCUAAUUCCGGCCGCCAGCGGCGCUCACUGGGACCAUGCGGUCGAUUUGGACGAAAACUAUCGGCUGCUGUGGAGCAUCAACAAUCAGGACAUUACGUUCGAGGUGCAGGCGCGGACCCUCGGCUACGUGGGUCUGGGCUUUUCAACGGACGGUUCGAUCUACGGUGCCGAUAUCGUGAUCGGUUGGGUCGAUAACGGGCAGGUUCAUUUCCAGGACCGCCACUUCAAGAUGAACAGCAAUGGCGAACCGCAUGUGGAUCCCUCGCAGGAUUACAUCCUGCUGCUGGGCUACGAGAACGCCACCCAUACGGUGCUUCGGUUCCGGCGCAAGCUGGAUACCUGCGAUACCAACCAGGAUGUGCCCAUCACGAACGACACCAUCCGCAUCAUCUACAUGUACCACAACCGGGACCCGAAGAACGGCGCCCAGGCCAUCGGAACGCUGCCGGAUCCGAACGAGGCCUUCAAGGAUUCGGUGCCGAUUUUCCUCACCCAGCGCGUUAACCAGGUUCCGAUCGAGCUGGACUCGCGAACCCGCAUCCUGGAGCUGCGGAACCAGGACGUCGAGAUACCGAUGGGCGACGACAACCUGCGCUGGUGCAAGAUGUUCAAGCUGGACCAGUUCGUGCGGAAGCAGCACAUGAUACGGUAUGAACCGGUGAUCGAAUCUCGCUCGAAUCUGCCAUUCAUGAAGCACAUCGUACUGUACGAAUGCCAGGGCUCGACGCCGGAGCUGGAGAUCAUGUCCCGCGAGAAUGGCCGCUCGUGCAUCAAGUCCGAGAAGGAGCUGCUGACCUGCAAUUCGAUUGUGGCCGCCUGGUCUCGUGGCUCGGAGGGUUUCACCUUCCCGCUGGAGGCCGGUUACCCACUGGACUCGUAUCAGGCUCGUUUCUACAUGAUGGAAACGCACUACAUGGGCUUCCAGAGUAACUCGAUCGACAUGCGCCCCCGGAUGGACAAUUCCGGUCUGCGACUGUACUACACGACGAUCCUACGAAAGCACGACGCCGGAGUCCUUUCGGUGGGAAUCCAACCGAACUGGCGCCACAUUAUUCCGCCCGGUCAGGAACGGGUCGUAUCCGAGGGUCACUGCAUCGAGGAGUGCACCCAGCGAGCGUUCCCCCGGCCGGGAAUCAACAUUUUCGCUGUGAUGAUGCAAACCAGCCACAUGGGCAAACAGAUCCGUCUGCGUCAGGUUCGGUACCGCGAGGAGCUGCCACCGAUUGCGCACGAUCUCAACGUUGACUCCAACUAUCAGGAAUUCCGUCGACUGCAUAGUGCAGUCAAAGCACUGCCCGGAGACCGUCUGAUAGCGGAAUGUUCUUACGAUAGUACCUCUCGAAAAACGAUAGCACUCGGAGGUUACACAUCCCGUGAUGAAACCUGCCUGGUUCUCAGCUUGUACUAUCCGCGUCAGAAGGAGCUCACAUCCUGCCACUCGAUUCCUAGUCUACCGACGGUUCUGCAUGCCGUCGGCAUCAACGAGCUGGCAUCGGGAGCCAACCCUAUCCGGAUAGCUUCACCGCCGGAAAUCGCCGGCAUGACCCUUGAGGAACGGUUGCUUUCCUACGAUUGGAGAGUUAACUUCAACGCGUUCCAGUAUGUGAUACGGAAGGGUGCCUUCAAACCACUGUGCUGGAGUGCACGAAACACUCCCAUUCCGGGCACGGACAACAUGGACGCGUACGCACCGAAUCUGACGCGUAUUUGGCGUCCAACACCGACGUGUGGCGCAUCGGCCGCCAGCACCGGCGGCAGUGGGUUCAACAGCGUGAACCGUUUCGUGACGGAGCGGGAAACGAACGCACCCAGCUGGACCCUGCUGGAGGACGACAAUAACAAUGUGAUCGAGGGAGCGGCCCGAAGCAAAUCGAUCCGCAGCUCAUCCGGGGCGCUGAUGCUCAGCUCCGGGCUGGUCAUCUCCAAGGUGGCACUGUUUGUGAUCUUCAUCAACACGGUCAGGAAAAACGGUGCGGAUCGGGUGACCGGUCGAACGACAACAGUGUCCACAGUGGGAGAGACCAUAGAAAUACAAGACUGUGCAUAG